GCGAUAGUUGCGUACAGACGUGGGAUUUUGGAAAUCAAGGGUUGUGGCUGAGGGGGUGACACUAGGAAACCCUUAAUAUGAGUGAUGAUAAACCUUUCCAGUGCACUGCUCCUGGGUGUGGACAGAGGUUUACAAAUGAAGAUCACUUGGCUGUCCACAAACACAAACAUGAGAUGACACUGAAGUUUGGCCCAGCAAGGACUGACAGUGUCAUCAUUGCUGACCAAACCCCAACUCCGACCCGAUUUCUAAAGAACUGUGAAGAGGUCGGACUCUUCAAUGAACUUGCAAGUCCAUUUGACCAUGACUUCAAAAAAGCAGCAGAAGAUGACAUUAAAAAGUUACCGCUGGAUUUGUCACCUCUUGCAACACCUAUCAUACGCAACAAAAUUGAAGAGCCCACAGCGAUGGAGGCACAUCGAGACAGCCCUUUGCCUCACCCUGAGUCUACAACAAACGAUGACAAGGAAAUAUCUUUGCAGCCAGCCUCACUGCCAACUUCCACUAUAGUCCAUCCUGCAUCCCUCCAAGUUCCCAAUGUACUUCUAGCAACCUCAGAGGCUAGUGUUGUAAUACAACAAGCUCUCCCAUCACCAACAUCUAGCUCUGUUAUUACCCAAGUCCCAGCCACUAAUAGGCCUAUAGUCCCGGUGUCUGGUACUUUCCCUGUGCUCUUACAGCUGCCUAACGGUCAGACCAUGCCAGUCGCUAUACCUGCAUCUAUUACAAGCUCAAGUGUACAUAUACCAACUACGAUCCCUCUUGUCAGACCUGUCACCGUAGUGCCUAAUGUCCCCGGGAUCCCAGGACCUCCCUCGCCACAAACACAGCCACCACCACAACCACAGCCCGCCCAAUCAGAAGCAAAGCUGAAACUAAAAACAACAAUUAGCCAGCAGAUUCCUCAGGUAACAAAUGGAGAUGGUGUUGAAGUUCAGAGCAGCUCUGUCACUGCUGCACCCUCUUCCCCUGCUCCGCCCCUGACACCAACUCAAGCACCAACGCCAGCCCAGAUGGCCGUCCUUUCUCCUGUUCCUCCUCCACAGCCUCCCACCACUGAGGACCCUUCACCCCAUUCACUGCAGCAGCCAGCCACCUCCACCACAGAGACACCUGCUUCCCCGGUCCCCCCUCCGCCAAACCCUCCAAGCACAGGAGGUCGACGGCGCAGAACCACAAGUGAAGACCCUGAUGAGAAGCGGCGCAAGUUCCUGGAGCGUAACAGAGCUGCGGCCUCUCGCUGCAGGCAGAAGAGGAAAGUGUGGGUCCAGUCUCUGGAGAAGAAGGCCGAGGACCUCAGCUCCAUGAAUGGACAACUACAGAAUGAAGUCACCCUGCUGAGAAACGAAGUGGCUCAGCUGAAGCAGCUUCUUCUGGCUCAUAAAGAUUGCCCUGUAACCGCCAUGCAGAAGAAAUCUGGCUAUCACAUCUACGACAAAGACGAGAGCUGCGAAGAGAUGUCCGUCCCGGGCAGCCCUCAGAACGAGGCCAUCCAGCACAGCUCCGUGAGCACCUCCAACGGGGUCAGCUCCUCCUCCACGACCUCGGCCGUCUCCGCCCCCUCCGGCGCCGCCAACGCCACAUCGAACCAGAGCACAGAGGAGAGCGAGCAGACCCAGCCUUCAGGGAGUUGAUCGUCCCCAAACCGUGGCCAACUUCCCUCUCCUCCUCUUCGAGCGUCAACACUGGAGCGCCGUCGACUCAAAAAAAGAGGAAAGGAAUUCUCUCUCAGCUUAAGUUUGAACCGCACUGAUUUUCAUUUAUUUAUUUGUUUGUUCCUUUGUUUUUGAAAAUGCAAUGUUUUCUCUGGAUUGAUGAAGACAACAGAACAGGCACUUUAGGUGUAAGAUAUUUAAUGAGUGGUUCUUGUGACUUAUUUAUUAAUUUAUUUUUUUAUUUAAUCAGCCUGAAGGUUGAUCAGCGAGUUGUUAGAGAAUUGACCAAAGUGUGUUGGGGCUCAUUUAUGAUUAGUUUUUGUGACUUUUUCUAAGCACUAUCUUAAUCUUAACACGACGAGCAGUCACUUUUUGUUUUCUUUAAUAUUUUGCGUUUCUAUUUUGCACAUUUUGAGAGAUGACGGGUUUACCUUUUUUGGGAGUCCAUAUUUAUCAAGUACCGGCAGCUUUUUCGAGUAGAUUUUAAUACAGUCACGUCAAACACAGAUGUAAAUGGCUGAGUCAGACUUUGAUCUUUUCUGUGAGUGAGAUCAGCUGUAGUCGCAUUGUGCAGUUUGAAUGUUUGUAAAAAAAUUAAACUAGUCUUAAGGAGGAGAGCUUGUUAGAAAUCUGUCAUCGACAUUCCAUAUGUAGUCUGAUUGUUCCUGAAGCGGUGAUUGUAGGAUUGCAGUAUCUUUUUCCAUUACUCAAUCAUGGUGAUGUUGACUUCAUUCAGUGCCAUUAAUGUUUUUGUAAAGACAUUUUUAACGCAGAUUAGCUUGAGUUCUCUCAGAUCAAGGCUCUCAGUAAGGAAAUCUCUUUGUAUACUGUCUUUGCUUUCUAAGUGACUGUUAAUCGCUUCAGUGUCUUUUGCAGAACACUUCAGGACAUGGCGCCGUUUUGUGAUCGCUAUUCUAGAUGACAUUUUUAGGAAACAUUGUAAAUAACAUGUCUGUGAUCUUUCUAGGUGUUCUGUACUUUGUUUUUUACAGAAUAGUCUGGGUUCAGUCGCUGAGCCUGGUGAUCACAUGAACUCUGUUAGCAGCUUGUCAUCAUUCUAGGCCUCUUCCUGCCUGACUCCAUUCAUUUCCAUAGAAGAUUAAAGCACUCAGAUGUGAACUGGAAUCACAUCCUGUAUAUGAAAGUAACAACACUACUGCUUGUAAGAAAUGUCAACAUUUUAUCAAUGAAAUUAUCGUAGGAAGAAAACAAGUCAAUUUGCCUUUUCUCUUAGUCUGUACUGGCUUACUACUGUGUAGUUUUACAAGAAGAUAACACCUUGUUUCUUAAAAUACGUUUUUUCAAACUUCUACUGUUCUGUGCUAUCUGCAUGAGAUAAUAAUUCUCUGCGAGAAUUUAACUGUUUAUUAGGAAAUGUCUCAGUCGGUUUAAUAUAAAACAAGUUGGUUCAACUUGAGUUGUGGCUUUAAGUUUAUGAAAGUUUCGGUUGUUUGUUUUACCUGGGCUAAACUGAUAAAAAAAAAAGGGGUGUGAUACUGUGUUCAAAGUGUACUUGUAACUUGUGAAAGUUCUGUAUAAAAUCUGAAUUGAUAAGUUGUUGUAAUAAACCUUUUAAUAUCUCUUUAAA